GGGAGGGCCGAGCUUCCUCACAGCCAGCGCCAGACAGCCAGACGUUCCACCCCAAGCAAGGUCGAUAGCGGCUAGCUUUGGACGGUACCCUCCCGAGCUCGGAAGGUAGCUAGCUAGCUCGAAGCGGGCCGGGUCUCCUCGCUGGUGGUGGUAGUUAGCGAUGGCCGGCGCCGGCGCCCUCCUCCUCGUCCUCAGCCUCCUCGCCCGGGAGGCCGCGGCCGGCGGCUACGGCGGGUGGCAGAGCGCGCACGCCACGUUCUACGGCGGCGGCGACGCGUCCGGCACAAUGGGCGGCGCGUGCGGGUACGGCAACCUGUACAGCAGCGGGUACGGCACGAACACGGCGGCCCUGAGCACGGCUCUGUUCAACGACGGCGCUGCGUGCGGGUCCUGCUACGAGCUGCGGUGCCAGAACGCGGGGGGUUCGUGCCUGCCGGGCUCCAUCACCGUGACGGCCACCAACUUCUGCCCGCCCAACUACGGCCUCCCCAGCGACGACGGCGGCUGGUGCAACCCGCCGCGCCCGCACUUCGACAUGGCCGAGCCGGCCUUCCUCCACAUCGCCCAGUACCGCGCCGGCAUCGUGCCCGUCGCCUUCAGGAGGGUGCCGUGCGUGAAGAAGGGCGGGAUCCGUUUCACCAUCAACGGGCACUCGUACUUCAACCUGGUGCUGGUGACCAACGUGGCGGGCGCCGGCGACGUGCGGUCCGUCUCCAUCCGGGGCACCCGCACGGGGUGGCAGCCCAUGUCCCGGAACUGGGGCCAGAACUGGCAGAGCAACGCGUUCCUCGACGGCCAGGCGCUCUCCUUCCAGGUCACCGCCAGCGACGGCCGCACCGUCACCAGCAACAACGCGGCGCCGCGCGGGUGGCAGUUCGGGCAGACCUUCGAGGGCGCCCAGUUCUGAUGCGGGGAGGCCUUCGAUCUUCUUCUUCCUCUCUGAAGGCCGCCGGCGCCGGCACCGCCGUCUUCUGAUCUCCUCCGACCCGAUCGUCUCCGCAGCAAGCACCGGGGGCGGACGACGGAGAGGGAUAUAUAUAUUAAUUAUAAGCUAUUGAUCAUUGGGUAAUCCUCGAUUUGUUUGGGUUUUUUUGCCGUUUUGCGCGUGAUGAUGGGAAAGACGAGGCCUCUUCGACUAUAUUGAAGAAGAGAAGAGGGCCUCGCGCUAUGCUGAGGCUGCUAAUCUAGCACCCGCCUAGACGUUUCCUUCUCCGGACUCUGGAUCAUAUCGGAGUGAAUGAAUGAAACAUUACUCUCCCUAGUACUGAUACUUGUACUUGAGCAAGGAAUAAUUGUAAUUUAUUUUGGAAGAACCUUCGUAUCA